AAUGUUUUCUCUUGUUUUGAGCUGCAAAAAAAAAGGAAAAAAAAAGGACAAAAAAGUAGUUCUUCCCUCAAAAAAUGAAAAAAAGUAAAAGUUGUUCUUGGGAAUUCAAUUAUUUUACAAACCCAAAUUUCAUUCCUCUUCUUUGGCCGUGAAAUUGACAUGGGUUAUCUUCCUCAUCUUGCCACCUUCUUUACCCUAAUCAACCUACUCAUCUUCCAUGGGUUUUCAGAGGUGAUUCAUGAAGACGGGUACACAGUGACAACAGUUUUUGAUGGCAACAAAAACAAACUCAAUAUUAAUCCUCACUCAGUGGCACCACGCCCAGGAUUCAAUGAUCUCCUUCUCCUUGAUUCAUCCAACAGUGUUUUCUACACUGUUUCUCUUCCACUUUCCCAAGAGAGUUUGGUGAAGAAGUUUUCUGGAAAUGGGGUGUCCAAGUACUCUGAUGGUGAUGCAAGUUCAGCUACUUUUAACAAACCCAGAAGCUUUACUAUGGAUUUCAAGGGGAAUGUAUAUGUUGCCGAUAGGAGCAAUUAUGCUGUUCGAAAGAUUAGUCCUUCAGGUGUCACUACUAUUGCGGGAGGUUACCCAAAGCCUGGUCGUGCUGAUGGCCCUGGAAAAAAUGCAACUUUUUCUCCAGAUUUUGAGCUAAGCUUUGUUCCUGAGAUGUGCGCCCUGCUGAUUUUGGACCACGGGAAUAAAUUAAUCCGCCAGAUUGAUCUGAAGCAGAAGGAUUGUGUUUACUCUCGAUCUGGUACUUUGAGGUCCACUACAGUAUGGGUAGCAGCAAUUGCAAUUUCAUGCUUGGUUGGGUUGCUAGUUGGAUUUGCAGUCCGUCCUUACAUAAUUCGGACUACAGGAAGUAUACAAACUCCUCAACAACAGCAAGUCAUGGACAUCUUACCGAAUGAAUCUGGGGAGAACACUGAUGCACUUCUUCGGCAGCAGAAGCGCACUUGUUAGUUCAGCAGUCAGAUUUUUGAGGCAACUUAUUAUGCCCUUUUUUACUCUUCUAUCCCUUAUGUUUAGCUUUAUGAUGAAGAGCUUUUAUCCUAGUUCUACUUCUAGUGUUGUAUGUAAGGAGUAUGUUUCUCUGUUAGAUUCUGACAACUCGAGUAGUAGUUCUGAGUGUGUUUUGUCUCGAAAAUAUGCUGACCAGUUGAAGGAUUUGAUCGUUUUUAAUGGAGAUUUAGGGUCAUUGAACAUGAGUAAUAAGCACGAAGAUGUGACGGAGAGAGAUGAACACCAUCAUGGAAAGAUUGAAACUCUGAUCAAAGCUAAUAUGGAAAACUUCAAUGUGGAUGCACCGGCUGUAUUUCAGGAAGCCUUCCUUGGGGUCUCUACCGUAGUCAAGAGGAGAUGAACUAUUUUUUUUUAAUUGGCUGUUGUAAAUGAAUGUCUACUUUUCUGUCGCUUUCUUAAAUGACAUUCUCUUUGUAUCACACUCUCCAAUUUCAUAUUAGAUGAUUUAAUCACAUUUUCCAAUUUCA